UUCAAAAUGGUGUGGAGGCAUCCGGAUGCUGUUCUCAACGAUCCGGAGCCUUCCGAGUCUGAAUUAAAUGAUGCCUUUCUUUCAGCCAUUCGGGGGUGCCCUUCCAGGGUUCGUCCUUUUCCCGAACAUUUGUUAGUGCUUUUAGGGGUUAGUAAUAUUUGGGCAAAAGUUGAUCGGGAUCCGGUGUUGAUGAGAAAUGGCCUUGUUAUGUCUGCUUUGGACUUCAUCAAGAGUGACGAUACGUCCGAUGUGGUUUUUGAAGAUGCUCCGACUGUUCCGGGUGAAAAUGUUGUUGUGAGGACCUCUGAGCAGAGGUUUGAGGGCUCGGGUUAUGUCAGUGUUGAGAAUGUGAAGGGUUUUACCAAGUCCAAUGUUCCCAAGCCUUCAACUCGCCGGUUAUCUCGUCGUUUACUGAAGGCUACUCCUCAAUCCACUUCCACUGAGCCAGUGGAUUUGAGUGAUGACAUCGAGGUUUCUGAGGAUCAGGCUGAGGCAGAGGUUGAGAAGGAGAAGGAGUUAGUUGUGCGUGGUAAGAAGGUUCGAGGGAAGAAGGGUGUUGCUACCCCUGUUCAAGAAUCGUCGAGCAGGGACGUUGAAGGGUUGAACCCUGAGGGCACUUAUGUGCCUUCUUGGUUGGUUAAGAAUGAUGACACUUUUAAGGAUGCUGCUGUUUGUGAAGAUGCUCUUAGUCAUCUUGCUCCUCCUUCCGUUCGUGAAGCUAUUGCUGAGAUGGAUGAUGACACUAUGUUAUCUCGCAUGGUUUUAACUACUUGCAACCUUGCAGAGGCAGCUUGGAAGAAGGAGAUUGAGGAUUUGAAGAAGAUGCAUGCCAUUGAGAUGGGUGACCUGAAGAAAAGCUUUGAAGCUAAUUUGCUGAAGUUGAAGGCUGAUCGAGAGGCCUUAUCUGUCCAGCAGAAGGCUUUUCGUGAAGAAAAGGAGGGGUUGAAGGCUUCCGUUGGUCAGGUGACUGCGGAUAAUCAGUGGUUGAUCGAGCAUGGGUUUCAGCAGGGAUUGAAGCCUGAAGGGUUGAAUGAGAAGGUUUGUGCUGAGGUUUUGGGCUCUUUGUCGAGGAAGAGGUUUUACUCCGGGGACAGUGAUGAUACCCUUUCCAGUCUGCCUGAAACCUCGAAAGAUGCUGGUUUGGAAACCUCUGCGGUUGGUGGUGAAGAAGGUGUGAAGGGGAAGAAGACAAAGAAAGCUAAAAAGUCUAAGGGUGAAGGUUCUAAGCCCUCUGGCAACUGA